CUGUUUUUGGAUGUUGAAAGCAACUUACUUACGUUGAUUAUAAAAAUGACAAAAUAGCUACAACUUAUUCUUGCUUCAAUUUUCACCUCCCUCUUAUUUAUUGGCUCUUUGAUUCCAGAUAGUUGAUUCCUUCUCUUCACUCAUGGCUGGAGGUCAGAGAACAAAGGGACUAAGCAAGUCAUGCAUUCUUCUAAUAGUGCUAGCUGGUAUGGAGAGGUUUGCAUUCAAAGGGGUGGCAUCAAAUUUAGUGACUUAUCUCACAGAUGUUGUGAAGAUGAGCAACUCUUCUGCAGCCAAAGCGGUUAACAGUUGGUGUGGGUUUACUUCUAUGUUGCCACUGCUAGUGGCACCUCUUGCUGACUCUUAUUGGGAUAGAUAUUCCACCAUAUUGAACUCUUCUUUCCUCUAUGCUGCUGGGCUUGUGGCAUUGACAUCAUCAACAGCAUUGGCAUGGGCAUGGUCUUCUUCUACAAACAAAACAAUGUCUUCUUCAUUUCUUUUUUCGUCACUAUACUUGGUUUCAAUAGGCCAAGGUGCAUAUAACCCAUCAUUGCAAGCCUUUGGAGCAGAUCAACUCGAUGAUGAUGAGGAAUUUCCCUGUAGCAAAAACGAGAAUAAGUCUCAUAAAAAGAGUUCAUUCUUCCAAUGGUGGUAUUUUGGUGUUUGUAGUGGAAGCCUGUUGGGUGUCACAGUUAUGUCCUACAUCCAAGAUACCUUUGGUUGGGUACUCGGAUUUGCCAUUCCCAUGACAGCAAUGGUAACAUCCGUUGCAUUUUUCUGUUGUGGAAGACGGAUGUUUAUUUAUAAACAAAAUGAUGCUAUCUGUAAUAACCCCUUUGAGAGCAUAGUUCAAGCUUUCAAAGCAGCCAAAUCAAAAUUUAUGCACCGUGAAGUCAAGUUAUCAAAUUACAAAGCUGAUAAGGUUGAGCUAGAGCUUCAAGAGAAACCUCUUUGUCGCGAAGAGUUUGACAGCAUAAACGACUUGGAAGCGAACCCAAGAAAUGGUGUACACAUGUUUGACAACGUGAAAGUAGUGCUGCGGCUUUUGCCCAUAUGGACAAUGCUUCUAAUGUUUGCAGUAAUUUUUCAACAACCUGCGACAUUCUUUACUAAACAAGGUAUGACAAUGAAGAGGAACAUUGGAAGCUUGAAGAUUCCACCGGCUACACUACAGAGUGCUAUUACAUUGUCUAUAAUUCUUCUAAUGCCUUUAUAUGACAAGAUUUUGAUCCCGAUUACACAACUGAUAACUCGUGAUGAAAAAGGUAUUAGUGUUAUGAAAAGAAUGGGGAUAGGAAUGUUUCUCUCUAUCAUAGCCAUGAUCAUUGCAGCAAUUGUUGAAACAAAGAGGCUGGAGAUUAGCAGAAAUAUGGGAAAACUUGAAUCACAAUCAGAAACGGUACCCCUAAGCAUCUUCUGGUUGCUGCCUCAAUACGUUCUCUUGGGCAUUUCAGACAUUUUCACUGUUGUUGGGAUGCAAGAGUUCUUUUACAAUGAAGUUCCAGUUAGAAUGAGAACCAUGGGAUUUGCUCUAUACACUAGUGUUUUUGGUGUGGGAAGCUACUUGAGUGCCUUAUCAAUUUCCCUUGUUGAAAUCUUUACCAGCUCAAAAGGAGGGCAUGGCUGGUUCUCUGACAACAUGAAUGAAGCUUGCCUAGAUAAAUUCUACUGGCUUCUAGCCUUGUUAAGUACAUUGAGCUUUCUAUUUUACAUGAUUUUGUGUAAGUGUUACAUAAGUAGGGCUGAAUUGGAGAAUGAAAACUGUAAAUGACCUUUUAAUUAGUUUUGACUUUUAUACAGUUUCAGCAAUUUGAUUUAAA